CUCUAGAAUCUAAGAUGCCCUUCCAAGCCAAAGAGUUUUUGAAGGUUUCUUUUGCACUUACAGAAAAUGAUCAUGUCUCAAAUACUUUCUGCCAGUGAGGUUGAGUAAGAACUUCCCAGGUAAGCUUAGCUAAAGCAGCUUUAUUAAAAUAUGCUCAGCUAGCUGGUCUAAAAUAAUGACUCUAAUCAAAUCAAAGUAUACGUGUGAGCAUAUGUAAUGGCUGAUUUUUAAAAGCUUGGACGACGGACCCCCCCUAGGGUCCCACACUCGACGGAUUUUGUUGGACUUCAUCAGUUCAUCAUAGGGUUAGUUACAACACUCAAUAGUUCGUGCGUCUGCGGUGCAGUGAUUAGUUUGACUAUGCUGAGAUACACUGUAUGGUGUGUAUUGGUUCUAUUGACGUCUUCCACUCAAAAAAAAAAAAAAAGUUUCUUUUGCACUUUAGGUUGUGUGAAGCUUCGGUCGUACGCCAAGGCAAGGAGUGAGGAAUACGUUUGGGCCCAAAGCAAGCCUUUUUCAUAUAAAUAUAAAUAUAAAUAUUCAAUCCGCCUUGGCGCGAAUCCUCAACUCAAGAGGUUCUCUCUCAGUAUCUAUCAAUCAUGAGUCGGAGCGGCGAGGACCGGUUCGAGAUCGCGUUCUUCGACCUGGAGACGACCCGACCCGGUCAGGGCUUCGCCUUAUUGGAAUUCGGAUCCAUCCUUGUUUGCCCCAGGAAGCUGAUUGAGCUCGAGAGCUACUCCACUCUAAUCCGACCCGCCGACCUCAAUUCCAUCAACUCCUUGUCCGUCCGCUGUAACGGCAUUACCCGAGACGCAUCAUCGCCGCCCCGGGCUUCGAUGAGAUCGCCGAUAGAGUUUUCGACAUUCUCCAUGAACGUAUAUGGGCCGGUCAUCAGUGGCGGAUCCAGGAUUGGAACCUUGGACGGGCUGGAUUUAUUCUUUAUAUCAGAGUAA